AUGAGCAUAAGAACUUUUCAUUCAAGGUUGUGUGCUAUAGUUUCUUCUGAGUGUUCUCAACACUACGACCUUCGUCAAGGCCUCGAGCGCGUGCAAGACCAAGCUGGAGAAGUGGAUCUCAGCGAUAUUGGAGCACGUGACCGUCGACAACCUCCUGGUGUUGUCAUUCACCUACGACGACAGGAGGCUCUUUGA